AAUAAAUAACAAUCAAUUUAGUAUUUUGGUUAUUAGUGUACCUAUAAUUCCUUAGUCCAUGAUAAAAAUAACUAUAGUCUAUGAUUCAUUGUUUGAGAUUUUAUAGUAGGAAAUAAGACAAAAAUGGAAAAGUUUUUUGCUUACCAAAAAGAUAGCAGRACACCAUGCAAAUAUGGGAGGAAAUGUUUCCAAACMAAUAAAAAUCAUACGGAUAAAUAUAAACAUCCACCAACUAAAGAUGAUAUUAAAGUGGACACUAAAAAAAUUACAAGGAAAAGAGAUUCAAAAGGAAAAGUUAAAUUGCCCGACAAAACUAAUGGAGAAUCAUCAAACAGCAAUCAUAGGAAUAAUGAAGAAAGUCCCAAUAAUGGCGAUGCAAAUGAUAUGGAAGUUCCUGAACAACUUGAACAAUCAAUAAGCACUUCCAAUCAUGAACCUAUUAGUAUUAUUUCUAUAAGUAACCAACAAAACUCAACUGAAUAUGCUGUGCCAUCAGCAAGACAACAUUCUCAACAACAACAACAAUUGUUAUUGGUAAAAGAAAAUAAUACUCAGAACUCAAAUGAUAGAGAACCAGAUCCACCUGUACAAAAUGUAACUGACUCUGACUAUUUGAAAACAAAAAUUUCCGAGCUAUUCCUUGUAGAUGAAAUGCCAAAAGAGUUUUAUGAUCUUUGGAGUUUUUGUAAAAGGCAAUGUUCUACUCAUCCAGAAGAUGCAUUAUUAUCGGUUGGAUUGAAGUUAGUUGGACCUUAUGAUGUAUUAGCAGGACAUAUGAAUGGAUUUAACACCAAUGAUAUUGAGAAGACAGUUUUACAUUGGCGUUAUUACUUUGACCCUCCAGAAUUUCAAACAAUUAUAGCAAGUACUGAUUCAGAAUUUCAUAUUGGCUAUUAUAGAGAUGUACCAUUAGCAUCACCUGUUUAUGUUGUUUCUAAUGAUUCAAGCAAAAAUUGUAUUAUUCAAAUAUUAGGAAAGAGUUUAUUUCAGGCUUUAAGAAAGCACCUUCAAAGCAUGGAUAGUAGAGUAGCAAAUAAACUUCAAAAAAAUUUACUCGCUUAUGAAAAACGAAAAGUUAUUACUGUUAUUAGUUUAUUACUUAAUAAGAUCGAAGCGGCAGCUAGGUAUUAG